AUGCCUGCAGAGUUCAGCCCAACCUCGACCCUCCACGGCUCACCCACCGGCGGCAACAAGCUCGACCUCCAUCCCUCGCCGCACAAAGCACACGACGGCCUCGACGCCGCCACCGCGUCCGUCCCCUACGACGGACAGGGAACCGAAGAGUCGCCGUACAUCGUCAAGUGGCUCGAUGGAGAGGACGAGAACCCGCAGAACUGGUCCGGCACCAAGAAGUGGUUGAUCACAGCGAACGCAGCAGUCUCGACCCUCUGCAUUGCGUUCGGCUCGAGUAUCUACGCGGGAGGACUGGGCGACUUCCUCGUCUACUUCAAGACUUCCGUGACCAUCAUCACGCUUGGUUUGUCGCUCUACGUCCUUGGUUUCGCCCUGGGUCCGCUCUUGUGGGCGCCUUUCUCCGAACAAUGGGGUCGCAAGCCCGUCUUCCUCGCCACCUACUUCCUCUUCGCCGUCUUCAACAUCCCCUGCGCGCUCGCCAAGAACAUCGAGACGCUCCUCAUCUGCCGAUUUCUCGCCGGCUUCUUCGGCUCGUCCCCGCUCACCAACUCGGGAGGCGUCAUCUCCGACAUGUUCUCGGCGUCUGAGCGUGCGCUCGGAAUCAGCAUCUUCGCCCUUGCGCCCUUCGCCGGUCCCGUUCUCGGCCCCAUCAUCGGUGGAUUCCUCGGCCAGAACGCAUCGUGGCGCUGGCUCUUCUGGCUUCUCACUAUCUUCGCCUUCGUCAUGUGGGGACUUGGCUUCCUCAGCCCAGAGACCUACGCGCCUGUCCUUCUCCGCAAGCGCGCCGCCAAGCUCUCCGCCGAGACCGGCAAAGUCUACCGCUCGAUGUACGACCUUCACCCGAUGUUUUCGGCGCCGUUCAGCGAGAAGAUGAAGGCCGCCUUGUUGCGCCCUUUCGUCCUCUUGUUCAAGGAGAUGAUCAUCCUCCUGUUCUCGAUCUACGCCGCCUUCAUCUACGGAAUCUUGUACCUCUUCUUCGGCGCAUUCACCAUCAUUUACCAGCAGGAGCGCGGCUGGUCGCCCGGCGUCGGUGGUCUCCCCUUCAUCUCGGUCGGACUCGGGAUGGUCCUCGCAGUCGUCGCGAACGUCUACGACAACAAGCGCUACGUCCGCAAGCUCGUCGUGGGUGGUGGCGUCCCUCUCGCACCUGAGGCGCGCCUGCCGCUCUGCUGCGUCGGCGGCGUCGUCCUCCCGAUCGGCCUCUUCGCCUUCGCCUGGACAACUCUCCCUCACGUCCACUGGAUCGCAUCGGUCAUCUUCGCCUUCCCAUUCGGGUUCGGUAUGGUCGCGGUCUUCCUGUCUAUGAUGUCCUACAUCGUCGACGCCUACCUCCUCCUAGCCGCCUCCGCCCUCGCCGCCAACGCCGUCAUCCGUUCCCUCUUCGGUUUCGCCUUCCCUCUCUUCACGCACGACAUGUUCGAAGGCAUGGGCACGCAGUGGGCCUUGACGCUCAUCGCGUUCGUCGCGCUCGCUCUCGCGCCCAUCCCCUUCGUCUUCUACAUCUACGGCGCCCGCAUCCGCCAGAACUCGUCCUUUGCGCCCGGUCACAAGCCCCCUGCGCCUGCGCCUGUGAAGACGGAGGAGAAGGCAGAUGACAAGCUCGAGCGCCAGUCAACUCGCUUGUCGACUCGUCAGGAGAUUGAGGCGGAUGAGGUCGCGAUGAUGGACCUCAGGCAGGCGGAGAGCAUCACGGAGGAGCAGGCGCUCGAGCGGAGGAAGGGGAUGCACCACGUCGUCGACUCGCAGGCGUGA